AUGGCAACAUCAAUAGCAGCAGACAUCUUCAAUCACCACAACUACGAGCCUCUACAAUACACUCCCUUCGCAGAUUCCACAAAAUCCAUCCGCGUCCUUCAAAUCAAGCCAUGCGAAACUACGACCUCAAUUCUCGAAUGCACGCUCAUUCAAGUCAGAUUAACCAGCAAAUAUGUUUGCCUAUCGUACAUGUGGGGUACAGACAAUGCAUCGCAUCCCGUCCUCAUCAAUGGCCAGCUGCUGUACGUGCGGGAUAAUCUGUACGCUUUCCUGCAGCAGGCGCGAAAGAGUUUGACGGACUCUGCAGCGAUACCAGUAUGGAUCGAUGCUGCAUGUAUUAAUCAAGAUGACUUGGCUGAACGAAACGCUCAGGUCGCGAUGAUGGGUGAUAUUUAUAGAGGUGCGUUUCAGGUUGUGAUUUGGCUGGGUUGUGGUGACGCGAGGCUUGGGAGGGCGAUGGAGUUUGUCAUUAAGGUUGGUGCGCUUUACUCGACGAUAUGUGCGCGUCAGUAUGGAUUUGAUCUGAAUGAUCGAAGCUGGCCGGUUGCUCCUGAUGUGAUACUGCAGGCGCUGGAGAUUGCUGCGGGAACGGCGGAAUCUGGCUCUGAAUUGACGAGUGCGGAAGUGUGGGAGCGGUGUAGCAUGAUCCUCGAAGCUUUUGUAUCUCUACGAUAUUGGUCUCGGAUGUGGACUGUACAGGAGAUUGUUCUUGCUUCGAACGUCAAGAUAUGCUAUGGCGAGAAGAUCGUGCCUGAGGCGUGGUUUCAGAUCAUUCUGUAUGUCGUUCAGCAUAUGCCGAUGGCCAGUAAAGAACUGGGACCUGGUGAUCCCACAAGAUCACCGUGUUGUGUCAGCCUUAAGCUGCGCGAAGAGGUAUCUCGCUCGGGAGGAGUGCAGGUGAACAUGUUCCACAUGCUGAGAAAGUUCCGAGGUCACGAGUGUACGAUGCCACAAGAUAAGAUAUAUGCCUUGCGUGCUCUGGCAUCGGAUGGAAGUGCCAUACCUGUUGACUAUGCUGGGAGUGGUGGUAUGUUAUUGGACGCACUAUUUCGACAAUCAUCUCCGCAAUGCCCAGCAAUCGACGGCGCUUAUUUGGUGAAGACGCUGGGCAUGAAGCAUAAUGACCUAGAGCUUCAGCUCAAGGCUUUUCCCAUUUCGCAAAAGUGGCAGGAAACUCCCCUAGACAUUGGGGUGUUUCGACAAGACGAGCAAGAUCGUGACAUAUGGUACAUCGACGGAGCACUGGUCAAGCGUUCACUGGCUGCUAUGCAAAGUGAAGCCUCACUUAAAUGCAAGCUUUUCAACAAUGCAAGAUCCAGGCACGAUCACGACACAAUUGCGGAGUCGGGAGAUAUUGUAGCACAAGUCCAAGGCUUGGGAAUAUUUAUCGUGUUUAAAGGACCAGAAAGUAUCAGAACUUUACCUGACUGGGCGAAUACUAGCAUGGUCAAUACUUUUUUGUCCACAUGCUCAUUUAGGAAUAUAUAUCACCUUCACGAGAAAUCGACCUAUACUGCAAGACCGUGUGAGUAUAGACUUCCCCGAGGCGCAUCGAACAAGACGCCUAUGCUGCUAGAGCAAGCAGAGUUGAUGCUCGUGGAAGAGGCACGGAAAUUCUUGCAUUUGGCAAAUACGUCGUCUGGUUGGAAAAUGGUCCUGAACUGGCAGUGCUUAUUAAGCUUAUGGGAUCUUACUAUACACCGGCCGUGGCUUCUCGUCGAGGACAAUGUCGGAGCUGAGGCUAAGGAAGAAUGGGAGGAUGCAAUUGCAAAAGCAAAGACGGACAGACCUGCUCGUCGAAUUCUCAACGAACCGCCACGGCGCUAA